AUGGCUCCGCCAUGGCGCGUCAUGGCUCCAAGGCUUGCCACCAAACUUGAGCGAAUCCCACCUCCGGCCACUCCAGUGAGUUCUUCAGUCGGGUCUAAAAUGGCAGCAACAUCAGCAAGUGCCCUUUCAAUCGGAUCAACAUCUCAUGCCUCCAAACCUACCCAACUUUUACAACCCAAAACAUUUGGUGUCAAUUUCACCUCCCGAAACAAUCUCAAAUCCUCAUCCUUCCUAAACAAGGAAAGCACCGCAGCUCUCCAUUACUCUCUCACCCAAAAACCCCAAAACCACCACCAACCACCACCAUCCGCCCUCAAAAUCCAAGCAUCUUUCAAAGUCGCCAUCCUAGGUGCCGCCGGCGGAAUCGGCCAACCGCUCGCCCUUCUAGUCAAAAUGUCACCGCUAGUCUCCGACCUCCACCUCUACGAUAUUGCAAACGUGAAAGGUGUAGCCGCCGAUCUCAGCCACUGCAACACCCCAUCCCGCGUCCGUGAUUUCACCGGAAACUCUGAACUCGCCGCCUGUCUAAAAGACGUCGAUGUCGUUGUCAUUCCCGCCGGAGUCCCGAGAAAGCCCGGAAUGACACGCGAUGACCUUUUCAACAUCAACGCCGGAAUCGUGAAAACCUUGAUAGAAUCCGUAGCCGAUAACUGCCCGGACGCGUUCAUCCACAUCAUCAGCAACCCGGUCAACUCAACCGUCCCGAUCGCCGCCGAGGUCUUGAAGCAGAAAGGCGUGUACAAUCCCAAAAAGCUCUUCGGUGUCACCACUCUUGAUGUUGUUCGCGCCAACACUUUUGUUUCUCAAAAGAAAAACCUAAAACUUAUUGAUGUCGAUGUCCCGGUGAUCGGAGGACAUGCCGGAAUUACGAUUCUACCCUUGCUUUCGAAGACAAAACCGUCGGUCACGUUUACCGAGCAAGAAGCGGCGGAUUUAACGGUUAGGAUUCAAAAUGGCGGGACGGAGGUUGUGGAGGCGAAGGCGGGGGCGGGGUCCGCCACACUGUCGAUGGCGUAUGCCGCCGCGAGGUUCUUGGAAUCGUCACUCCGGGCGCUUGAUGGUGAUUCCGAUGUUUACGAGUGUGCGUUUGUUGAGUCGGAAUUGACGGAGCUUCCGUUUUUUGCUUCGCGGGUUAAGCUUGGGAAACAGGGAGUUGAAGCGGUGAUUGGGUCGGAUCUUGAAGGGUUGACUGAGUAUGAGGAGAAAGGUUUGGAGGCUUUGAAGGUGGAGCUUAAGGGGAGUAUAGAGAAAGGUGUGGCUUUUGCACAGAAGCAAACAGUUGGUGUUUGA